AUGAUAUCGCCAACGCAUUGUUGGAGCCCCCAUAAACUUCUCAUGCUCCAUCUUUUUCUGUUCAUAUCAUUUUCAUCUCCAACUAGUGCUACCCUUUCAGAGAAGUUGGACCAAACAUCGGUGCCUCAGGAGGCAGAUACAGAAAUAAAGUGCGGAACAUGCCCUUGUGUGAACCCGUGUGCCCAGCAACUGCCUCCACCACCACCACCUCCGCCGCCGCCCCCAGCGGCUCCAAAGAAUCCAUCCACACCAUAUUGCACUCCGCUGGCACCGCCGCCACCACCACGAUUCAUUUAUGUGACAGGUGUGCCGGGGGAUUUGUACGUGACUGAUCCAGCAUAUAACACUUGGGUGUAUUACUCAGGUGUCGGGCGGAAUGUGAUUGUGGGAUUUCUGCUUUUGGUUGGUUGUGGAGUGCUAGAACUGAUGGUUAUUGGUAGACUCUGA